AUGCCUGAUGUCCACUUUGCAUGUCAGCUGCAGUACUGGAGACUUUACCUGCUGUCACUGGUGCUGGGAAUCGAGGGAUGUUUUCAAUAUGGCAUCCAACUGUCUCUCGUCGCUUCUCCGGCAGUGCACAUUCAGAGUUUUGUGAACUACACAUGGAUGGUGAGGUACAAAACUCCAAUCGACAAAUCUACCAACCAGCUCAUCUGGUCCUUCUUCGUGGCUGUUUUAAGUGUGCGAUGCUGGGCUGGGGCUGUUCACAGUGGAAGCCUUCCUGUCACCUAUGCCCUGCUGUUUAACAACGCCGUGGCAAUCAUCGCUGCAUUGCUCAUGGUCUUCAGUCGCACAGCAAAGUCUUUUGAGAUGAUCUUGCUGGGAAGAUUUCUCUAUGGAUAUAAUAAUGGUCUCGGUCUGUGCGUUCACCUCAUGUAUCUCUGUGAGAGCUCUCCACAGAAACUCAGGGGUUUCUUGACUCUGACGAGCUCAAUCUUCAUUGGCUUGGGGAAAGUCAUGGGUCAGAUAAUUGGCAUCAAACUGAUGGAACAGACUUUGGAUGUAAUCCUUGUGGUAUUUCUGUGUCCAACAGCUUUACAGUGGCUGUGGCAGGAGGACAACUUAAAGAUGGAGUUGGACGACAUGCAGUUGGAGCGGGAGAGGUCUCAGGGAGAAAAGGCAAAGACUGUGAAGGAUCUGCUCACCUCUCGCUGUGUGCGAUGGCAACUGCUGACUCUAGCCAUCCCUUGUGCUGGCCUUCAGUUUUGCGGCAUCAAUGCUCUGUGCUUCUACGCCUUUGACAUCUUCCGUGAGUCUGGAGUGCCAGAGGACAAGAUGCAUUACUUGGCCAUUGGUAUUGGAGCAACAGAGCUCAUCGCUAUAACGUUGUGUUCCUUCUUGAUCGAUCGUGCUGGCAGAAAGAAAUUUAUGGGCUAUGGCUAUCUACUGAUGGGUAUCACCAUGUGUGUUCUUACCGUCAUGUUGUCAAUCAAGGAUCUGAAUUCAUGGAUCCCGUAUGUGAACAUCGCUCUGAUCUUUUGUGUCAUUUGCAUUUAUGAGCUUGGGCCUUCUGGAGUGUCUAUGGUUCUCCUUGCUGACCUCUUCCUACAAGUCUGGCGUCCUUCUGCUUAUGUGGUUUGUGGGACCAUCAACUGGCUCUGCAUGUUUGUUAUAGGGUUGUUGUUUGGCUAUAUUGUGGAUGGACUUGGACAAUUCUGCUUCCUGAUUUUUGUGGCUUACUCACUUGGUAGUGGAGCAUUUAUUAUAUAUUUUGUCCCAGAGACCAAAGGAAAGACAAUGGUAGAGAUUAUGGAGGACUUCAACAAACUGAAUUACAAGAACAGGACAGGUGAUAUUGAAAUCACUGAUGUUGGUCUUGAAACUAAAUUUUAA